CUAGGAACAGUUUUAGUAUCAGUUUCUGUUCUCUCUUCUCGUUCUUCCACUCACAUCCCGAGAAACAGCGUGUUCAGCCGGGAGUGUCUCUUAUUAACCUGUUCAUUACACCAAACCAUUUAAACAGAUCAGCAGGUCAUGGCCGAGAGAGGCUGCUCACCAGGGCAAAGACGCCCAGAAUCCCCAGUACCAGGCUCGACGACUGAGCUACAAACUCAGAUCUACAACUUUCUGCAGAAUAAUGGCCAACAGAAAGCUGCCGCUAUUGCAAAGGAGUUGAAAACGGAAAAAAGUAAAAUCAACCCGGCACUGUACGACAUGAAAAAGAAGAACCUACUCACUCACGAUGAGAAGAUAGUCUGGUCAGUCAAAAAGGAGGAGAUCAGCUCAGGGGAUUUGCUGCCGUCAGACAGACAGAGUUCCACAGACAGAAGGCUGUCAGAUUCAGAGCACGGUGCCAGACUAACAAAGCAACAGAACGAUAUCUACUUGUUUCUAAAGAACAACAGCCCACAGAAAUCCAUCAGCAUCGCCCGGGGCAUUAAUAAAAGCUCAGCGUCUGAAGUGAAUCCUGAUUUGUAUCAACUGAAGGACAUGAAUUUGCUUCAAAGAGAUUCCUCGACCAAGUUGUGGUCUGUCAAACCAGAUAUGGUAGAUAACCAUAAUGGGGAGCCAGAAAAUAAAUAUGCAUCGGGAACCACUUUUUCACAGAAUGGCAAUAAAGCAAUGGAACAGCCUUGGAAGCCUCAUGCCCAGAUUAACAAUUAUUACACAAUUUACACUCAAAAUGUUCAGGUCGGGCACGGUAACAUUAUGAACGUGAGCGGCAACAGAGAUUACUCAGCCCCAACUGAUGUUAAUGAAUCUAAGAAAGAAACCAGUGAUAAUUUUGUGAAAGAAAAGACACACUGUAGUUAUACAGAUGUGCCACAAGAUGUCGCUGGUUCCCUACCAAAACAGAAAUGGAGGGAUUGCAGGAAGGACAAAGACAGUGGAAAGGGAAUUGAUAAAGAAAGAGACACAAAACUGGCUGUUUGUAACCCUGCGGGGACAGACAUUAAACCCUGUAACUGCUACUUGUGUGAGCUCGAGCAAAGCCUAAGUCUUGGCAACGACGCAAUGGGUAACACGGACGAAACCCAAACGGAGCCAAUGGGAUCCUCUGACAGUUUGCAACCUUCGGACCUCUCGGAGAUCUGUAAUAAACUUGAAGAUAUCGCUAUAGCUGGAGAAGCCACCAAUAAUGCCAGAGGAGAUAAUGAUCCAUCUCAUUGAAAGAAUUAGUACAAAAUGGAAAUCCAGCUCUUUGUGGCCCCAGGUGCACUCUGGGUAAAGUAAUACGAUAGAAUGAUAUAGAAGCAGCUCUCCGGUUAUUUUGAAAAGUGAUGACUUUACUUAAGUGCCAAAAAGGCAACGUUUUGGGCUUCAAUUCAGCCCUUUAUCAAGCCUACUGUUACGGAUACAGUCCAGUGUUAAAUACCCACAGGAAGAGGAUAGGGUUGCCACGCUGAUGUAGAUGAAGGCAAAUAAUA